AUGGCUAUGAUCAAGAACACAAAAGGUUACAUGGAUGCAGAACUUGCAAAAAAAUCAGAUUUCAAGGCCAAGAUUCUAAAAAAUGGAGCCACUAUAAAGUCUGAGAGCAGCCAAGAAGAAAACAAGAAAACAUUAAAGAAAGAAAUCACAGAUUCUGAUGAAUCCUUGACAUCAAGGCACAAACCAGAGUCAAAAAGCAAAGCAAAAGGCACUGAGUUGGAGAAAGGCAAGAUAGGAAUGGAGGUCAAGGAAAAGGAGAGUGACACCAGGAUACUAAAAGAGGAAGACCAAGUAAAGGUGAGUGACAUGGGAAUACCACAAGAACAGGAGGCCCAAGUAGAGAUGAAUGAUACUGGAAUACCACAAGAACAGGAUGACCAAGUAAAGAAGAGUGAGUCUGGAAUACCACAGGGACAGGGAUCCCAAGUAAAGAAGAGUGAGUCUGGAAUAAAACAAGGACAGGAAUCUCAAGUAAAGAGUGACACCAGAAUACCAGAAGGACAGGAGUCCCAGGUAGAGAAUAGUGAAGCUGGAAUACCACAAAGACAGGAGUCCUCAGUAGAGAAUAAUGAAGCUGGAAUACCACAAGGACAGGAGUCCCAGGUAGAGAAUAGUGAAGCUGGAAUACUACAAGGACAGGAGUCCCAAGUAGAGAAUAGUGAAGCUGGAAUACCACAAGGACAGAAGUCCCAAGUAGAGAAUAGUGAAGCUGGAAUACCCCAAGGACAGAAGUCCCCAGUAGACAAUAGUGAGUCUGGAAUACCACAAGUUCAGGGGCCUCGAGUAAAGAGAGAGAGCUCUGAGGAUCAAGGAAAGCAGGGAGAUGCAAGGAAGAAGACAGAUACAGAAGAAAAUGAUGCUAUGAAGAAAAGUGAUGAAGGAAAGCACAAAGUUAAAGGAAAGAAAGAAUCAGAACUUAAGAGAAAAAAAAAAGUUCAGUAAGAAGCAAAGACAAGUAAGGGAAGAAAGUACAACAAAAAGAUGGAAAGAGUAAGGGCAAAUAAAAUGAAAGCUCAUAAGUCAACUGAUUAUUAUGAUUCCCAUCCUCCAGAUGCAAGUCACAACCCAGUUAUUGCUUAA